GAAGAGGCCAACCUGGCAACAAGGCCAGAUAAAUGAGUAUAAGCACGGCAGUGGCCUCACUCAUCCUCCUGGUCUCCUAAUUCACCUGCACACACACAUUCCGACACCACACACUAGCCAUGGUGCGCACAACGACUUUGUUCGCGGCCACCGCUGCGCUGGCCCUCAAUGCGCACGCUGAGAGCAUGUACUCCAAGAACAGCGCCGUCGUCCAAAUCACAGGCAUGGACUACGACCGCGUCAUUGCCAAGUCAAACUACACUUCAAUUGUCGAAUUCUACGCGCCAUGGUGUGGCCACUGCAAGAACCUCAAGCCUGCUUACGAAACGGCCGCCAAAUCUCUCCAAGGCAUCGCCAAGGUCGCUGCCAUCAAUUGUGACGAGGAGAUGAACAAGCCCUUUUGCGGGAAAAUGGGUGUCCAGGGCUUUCCUACUCUCAAGAUCGUUCGUCCCUCCAAGAAACAAGGCAAACCCACGGUGGAGGACUACCAAGGCGCCCGUUCGGCCAAGGGCAUUGUAGAAGCUGUCAAGGACAAGGUCCCCAACUCAGUCAAGAGAGUGAACGACAAGAACCUUGAUGAAUGGCUACAAGAGAACAAGGAUACAGCCAAGGCAAUCCUGUUUAGUGAAAAGGGAGUUGUUAGCGCUACAAUGAGGGCACUAGCAAUUGACUUUGCCGGCAUUGUCUCGGUCGCCCAAAUCAGGAAGACCGAAAAGGGAGCUGUUGAAAAGUAUGGCAUCACUGAAUACCCUUCAUUGAUCCUCAUUCCCGUCAGCUCAGACACACCAAUCAAGUAUGAUGGUAAACUUGAAAAGGCAGCCAUGGUCGAGUUCCUUUCUCAGAUCGCUCCACCAAACCCCGAUUGCCCCCCUGCGAAACCCAAGAAGUCAAAGGGCAAGAGGGACACUAAGAAGGACUCGAGUUCCUCAAGCAAAUUUGCAAAGGCUUCGGCUUCCCAUAAGUCAGACGACGCUUCUUCAGCCGCCGCAUCAGCCACCGACGAGACCCUCGAAGAGCCCGAUCUGCCUAAUGAAUCGCCCAACCCGAAUGUCAAGGAUGAGGAUACACCAAACCCAGUCGUUCUUCCCGAAGAAGAAGUCAAGCCAACCAUUCCCUUGGUCUCUGAAUCUGCCGAGCUUCAAUCUCUGUGCUUGACCCAGAAGAGCAAGACCUGUAUCCUGGCGCUCCUGCCCAAAGACGAGACCUCGGAGGCUGCUGCUACUGCUAUCGCCUCACUCGCUUCCAUCCACAAGAAGUACGAUGUUUCUGGAAGCCAUCUUUUCCCCUUUGUUGGUGUUUCAGCAACCAAUCCUCUUGCGGCUAUCCUGACCACGGAGCUGGGUCUCGGAAGCGCAGACGAAGUACACCUCAUCGCCACCAACGGUAAGCGUGCCUGGUACAAGAAGUACUCUGGUAGCGCUUUUGGGGCCGAGGAGGUUGAGCAAUGGGUCGAUGCCAUCCGCAUGGGCGAGGGCGAGAAGGAGAAGUUGCCAGAGUCGCUUCUGGUCGCUGGCGAAAAGCAAGAGACCAAGAAGGCACCAAAGGCAGAGGACAAGGAUUCUGAGCCCUCACCUGAGCACAGCGAACUCUAAACAGUGGAUUCAUGAAUCCAUAAUCGAGGUUUCCUCAAGGAAUUGUGUAUAUUAUUUAAGCAACAGGCUGGCUUUUCUUUGCAUACUUGGUUCUUGAAAGUACACGCGGAAUUGACAUGUUGAUAGGAUAUGCUGUUCAAAUGCAGGUUGUUUUGACAUUUAUCGC